CCGGCCCGCGCGCUUCGGGAACGCCAUGAGCCUGUGGGCGGACAAGCACCGGCCCAGCGCCCUCGGCCGCCUCGACUUCCACCGCGAGCAGGCGGCGCGGCUCCGCAACCUGGUUCAAUGUGGUGACUUUCCUCAUCUAUUGGUGUAUGGACCAUCAGGAGCUGGAAAAAAGACAAGAAUAAUGUGUUUGUUAAGGGAAUUAUAUGGUGCAGGAGUGGAGAAACUGAGGAUUGAGCAUCAGAGUAUAACGGCACCUUCUAAGAAGAAGAUUGAAAUUUGCACCAUUGCAAGUAAUUAUCACCUUGAAGUUAACCCAAGUGAUGCAGGAAACAAUGACCGUGUAGUAAUUCAGGAGCUCUUGAAGACAGUGGCACAGUCCCAGCAGCUUGAGACUAGUACUCAACGAGAUUUUAAAGUGGUGCUGUUAACAGAAGUUGACAAACUUACUAAAGAGGCUCAGCAUGCUUUGCGAAGAACAAUGGAGAAGUACAUGGCGACCUGCAGGUUGAUCCUGUGCUGCAACUCAAUGUCAAAAAUUAUAGGGCCCAUUCAAAGCAGAUGCCUGGCUGUACGAGUGCCUGCUCCCAGCAUUGAAGAUAUCUGCCAUGUCUUGUCCAGUGUGUGUAAGAAAGAAGGCCUGACUCUUCCUCAGGAGCUGGCUCAAAGGAUUGCAGAGAAAUCUGGCAGGAAUCUUCGGAAAGCACUACUUAUGUGUGAGUCCUGCAGAGUACAACAGUAUCCUUUUACUGCUGAUCAAGACAUUCCUGAGAUGGACUGGGAAAUUUAUUUGAGAGAAACUGCAAAUGCUAUUGUUGGUCAACAGACACCACAAAGGCUUUUAGAAGUCCGUGGGCGGCUUUAUGAACUCCUGACACACUGCAUCCCUCCUGAGAUUAUAAUGAAGGGUCUUUUGACAGAACUUCUAAAUAAUUGUGAUGGACAACUGAAAGGAGAAGUGGCACAGAUGGCAGCCUUCUAUGAACAUCGCUUGCAACUGGGCAGCAAAGCCAUUUAUCAUCUGGAAGCAUUUGUUGCAAAGUUUAUGGCAAUUUACAAGAAGUUCAUGGAGGAUGGGCUGGAUGACAUAAUGUUCUAACUGAUGCCCAAAGUUGUACACAGAAUGUUGUGUCAAGAUACCAAUGGUGUUGCAAAUGUCUAAUUUUCUGUGCUUGAUUACAUAUGGGUCUACUUCUAUGUCAAAUAUUUUUGUUUGGCUAUUUAAUAAAACAAUGCUUGUUCAGCUUUAGAAA